AUGUCAGGUGACCACGGUACCAAUCUCGGCAUCGCCUCACAAGACACGGAGGGCAACUUCCAGACCAACAGCGACAUGGACAUGGAUAUGGAGAUGAUCACACGCGACGAUGCUCUCAUUAGCCAUGACGAUAUCAUGCGCGUUUCGGCUGCCAUGUUGGCAGAGCGUAAGGCACAGUCAGUGACCAGCCACAUUCACAACCCAGAUCCAGCGAUCAGUAGCUCCGCUAAGGAAGUCUUGAACGGCAAGGAUUCCGUCAUCGAACGUCAAGAAGCCUUGAUCUCUAGACUCAUUGAGUAA